UUUGUUGCGGGUGUGUGCAGUUACCGGUGUCGAAGAUACUAGAAAGUGGAAAAGUUUGUCCCCAAGCAUGGACUAUGAAACAUUUAUUGCUGCCCACAAACCUCAACUGCAAUCGUCCGGUGUGCCGGAGCACUACUGGCCCGAAUUGUACCGUAAGCUGACUGAUCAAGUGUUCGAUGCCGGUCUGGCCUUCUCUCUGCUCGCCUUCGAUUAUGGAGAUGAACCACGCUCGCCCGAGGAUCCCGUGUGGACACUGCAGGUUUCAAAGGAGGGCGGUCUAAGUACGGCCGACCCCACCGAAAUCUACCUGAUUGAUCAUGCGUGGACAUUCCGAACGGACAAUGCCCGGCAGUUGCUCAACGAGCAUCCGGAGCUGGUGAGCCGGCUGGCGGUGAUGAUGGGCCUGCAGCAGGAUGACGACGUGCCGCCGAAUGUGUACAUCCCGCGCAUUCUCCAGGAUAUGUGGCGCUGGUGCAACACGUACUCGGUAAACGCGGAAGGCCUGUCGGUGGAGAAUCGAAUGCCGAUUUGGUACGUGAUGGACGAGGUGGGCAGUGCGAUCCUGCACGGUGAUACACCAAACUGCCGCGUGGUGCCAUUUAUGCACAUUCCCGAGGGAAUCACGUACAGCCUGCUAUUUCCUACGGAGGACAUUGACGAGGGAGACAGUCUCUAUCGGGACUGUGUCGAAGGCGUUCCGAUUCAAUCGAAGGAACGUGACGCACUGCUGUUACCGUGGCGUUAUAGUACGCUGGCGAAGGAAGAUUUCGCGCAACAGGAACCUCCGAAGGAGUAUUUCCUAGCGGGUCACAUCGAGGAAACACUUCCGAAUCCGGAUGUAGCACCACCGCUGAUCGAUGGCAACAGGCCGCUGAAGGUAUACUCGCAGUACGAACUCGUCAACCAAUACCUUACGGAUGCGUCGUACGAGAUCGUGAGCGAUCCGGCUGAAGCGGACAUCCUGUGGAUGACAAGCCAUUUCAAGUCAUUCCGCGAGUUUAGCGAGAACAACCCGAACCAGUUCGUCAACCAAUUCCCGUUCGAGAACGUGAUGACGAUCAAGGACCUGUUAAGCGUCGUCUGCCGACGGAUGGCACGUAAGCAGUCCACCGAGGGUAGCGAUGGUGCCGACCCGUUAGCACCUAAUCCCCGCUGGCUGCCGGUGACGUAUAAUCUGAAAACGGAGUUGGUUCAGUUCGUGAGCUACUAUCAGAACCGGGCGCAGCGUGGCAUGGACAACCACUGGAUCAUCAAGCCAUGGAAUCUGGCCCGUACGCUCGACACGCACAUCACGGACAACCUGUCGAAAAUCAUGCGCCUGCAGCAGACGGGCCCGAAGAUUGCGCAGAAGUACAUCGAGCAUCCGGUGCUGUUUGAGCGGGCCGAGCUGGAGGCAAGCGUCAAGUUCGAUAUCCGGUACGUGCUGCUGGUGAAGAGUGUCGACGAACCGUGCGCCUACGUGUACACCAACUUCUUCCUGCGUUUCGCCAACAAACCCUUCCAGCUGGACGACUUCGACGACUACGAGAAGCACUUCACCGUGAUGAACUACGGCCAAUACACGCUGCGGCACAUGAAGUGUGAUGAGUUCGUGCGCUGCUGGUUGACGCAGUACCCGCGUCAUCCGUGGGAUCAGAUCGAGACGGACAUCUGCGACAUGCUGAAGGAGAUGUUGCUGGGAGCCACCAAGCUCGGGCCACCGUGCGGAAUCGGGACAAGCGCACAGUCUCGUGCGCUGUACGCCGUUGAUCUGAUGCUCGAGUGGACCGAGGCGGGCACGAAGGUGCAACCGAAGCUGCUGGAGGUCAACUUUACACCAGACUGCCAGCGAGCAUGCGAGUACUACCCAGAGUUUUAUAACGACGUGUUCAAUUUGUUGUUUUUGGAUCAGGAGAAUUUGGACGUUUUCAGGCGAAUUGUGUAAUACUAGGCUGAGGUACUAGGUACUAAAUCCACUGCAAGAAAUAAAAUUUGCCUUUGUAUCAUAA